UAGACUACUGGAUAUACUUUUGUUUUACACCAUUAGAACCAUUGUCAUUACUUUGGAUUGUAUUCUGUAGUAGGUUGCAAAUUCAUAUAAAUGCUUCUCUACCCUGUCACCAUUUACCAUGUAAUUUGAAUUUCCUUGCCAGGGUACUUGUGUAUUGAGAUAUUUCCCUUCCCAAAUCUGAGAGUACCAAUCUAAGCUCCUUCAAGUUGGCCCUUGACAACAUCUUCAUGAUUUGUUUUUGUGACUCAACUAUUUUCUUCCAUUCUUCAGACUUGCUAUCCAUUUCAUUUGACUGUUUCUCCAUUUGUACAGUAUAUGUAUAUUUUUUUCCCUCCUUUUAUUUACCUCCCUAUAUUUGUAAUGUGUUUUCCCUCUUGUCACUUUUUUUUUAAGUUUCAAAUGCUCUGUAGUUUUCUAAAAGAUGAAAAUUGGUCACUUGAAUAGUUCUUACUAAAGUGAUGAUGCUUUGUAAAUAAAGACGAUUGUUUUACUUAAAUAAUAGUUGUUGUAGUUGUUUACAAAGAACGGUUGCUCUUCAACAUGUCUGCCAUUUUGUUUCAUUGCACAGAAGACACAGGCUUCAGCUUAUGAAUGUAUGUUGAAAUUAUAGGUGUGGAAGGUAACAUAGUUCGCCAUCCUACCUGUAAAUAAGGUUAUUCUUUGGUUUUCUAAAACCAAUCAUCUUAUUUCAAUCCUAAAGAUCUCCUUGUAUGGACCUUAUCCUUUUCUAAAUAUAGUGUCAAUUUGGGGCUAACCUUGCUCUCCUACCUCUACUAUCACCUUCCUGUCAAAUAAAUUACGUGAACAUUCUUUACAUCCUUAACACAUAGGAUUUUUUUUUUAAUAGCAAAACCAAAACUCCCCCCAAAUUCGUCAAUAUUUCUUUAAACUGAAGGUUCAUUCUGAAAUGUUCCUCUUUAACCAUUCCCCUGACCCUGGGAGCCUUUCUGUGACAUCAUAACUGUUUCGUAGCAACCAUGUCAUAAGCAUAUCCCGUUGGCUGCUGUUCACAGGUUGUAAGAAAUGUAGAGAACCAGCAGGAAGUCUGGUGGAAAUUAAGUUUACUUUCAAAUAGAAAAUAAUUUCAUUACUCUUGGGACAGAGCAGUGCCAAGAAAAGAAAAUUGCAGCUAUGUUAAGUAUCCUUGCUUUGCUGAUAAACAUUUUGAUUCGCUGUUGACUGAAGGGCUAUGAAGGUUCUCAUUUAAACAUGAAGACCCUAGGUACUGGUUUCAUCCUUGGAACGCUGGUAUUUGCUGCCUGCCUACCGAUAAUAGUGACCUUCAGUCAAUCAUUCACAAUCCCUGAAAAACUGAAGUUGGCUCGUGGGAGAGUGAUCGUCAACACCACAGCCUGCACAGUCACCUGUGGCCUGGGCUACAAGGAGGAGAGCACCUGUGAGGUGGGCCCCGAUGGCAUGAGGAGGAAGUGUGAGACUCGCCACAUGGAGUGCUUGACCAAUUGGAUCUGUGGGAUGGUCCACUUCACCGUCCCUACCGGGAAAAAAUUUGAGCUAACAUGUCUAUCUUCAGAUAUCCUCCUCCAUGGGCGGGAAGCUUUCCGGUUCACCUGGACUUUUGCCCGGGGCAUCAUCUCCAUCAACGAUGACUUGUUUAAACCUUUUCGGCGCCAUGUCCAUUCGGUGAUGCUCAAUCCUGCCCAAGAGGCUGAUUCAGGCACCUAUAGGUGUGAUGUCCAGCUGCUGAAAAACUUGAAAUUUGUCAAGAGAAUCUACCUUGCCCUCAGGGUCAUUCCUGCUUAUUUAGUGAACCUCAACUUUGAUCAAUCCCUGACUGAAGUGCAGAAAUUAAUAGAUGAGGGGAUGGACCUGGAUCUAGAUAAACAUGUCUCUUCCCAGCGCCCAGUGUGGAAUAAAAAGGUCUUGCUAGCGCUGGGGAUAGGAAUGACAGGGGGGGUUAUUGUAAGUGUGCUGGUGAGUAUCGCAGUUCACUAUUGGCUGAGAACUUCCAAAAGAGAGGUCAAGACAAAGAUAUAAUUGUCUGGUCGCCAUUCCUUGAAGUUGAUAGCAGUGCUAACCUUUUUUAGAGACCCUUGAUUCCACUCAUGGAAUCCCUGGAGAAUCUAUGGGAAAAUGAAAUUUCUGAUGUGCUUUGCCAAAAUUCUGCCAAAUUUCUUCCCAGUAUUAUAUGACUGCUUGGGUGCCUGAGUCCCCUGUGCCCCAGGGCUAAGUCCGGAUCAUCACCAAGGUCGCUUUGUUUUUUGCACCUGUUAAAAUUUGCUGUAAUUAUCUCCAGUGUUACUGCUUCUUCCCAGUGUUGGAUGUUUGAAAAGAAGGAUUGUUCAUUGGGUUUUUAAGCUGGAAAUUUUGUCUCUUUCCACUUUAAUAAAACCUCUGCCAUGGAUGUCUCUA